GAAGAACCUGUGAAAAGAUAUUUGUUAAAUUAAAUCAGCGAUUGAGCAUGAAAUAUUGUGCUACCUAUAGUGCACGUUUAUUUCGAUAAAUUCGUAUUGCAUUUCAUAUUGGCAUUGUCAAAAAGAUUUUACGCGAACCUUCGAGAACGCGUUUUCGAUUAUUGUUAAAGUGGAAGCUUUAGAAAAUGGCCGACAGUUGGACACAGAGCGUUGUUUGCCGUUAUUUUAAAAAUAGUAUGUGCCGUGAAGGAAAUAACUGCAGAUAUGGCCAUAUUCAAGGAGUUAGAAAUGAUGAAAAUAAUGAAACAAUAGUAUCUUCAACCCCAUCUAUUAACAGUGUCUGUCGCUUUUCUAAACAUGGUAUCUGUAAAUUUGGAAACCAGUGCCAUUUUCGUCAUAGCUCUGAAAGUGUCGAUAAUAAUGUGGUGAAUGCAAAUUCGGUAGAAAGUUCUUCAUCUGGGCAACACACUUCAAAUACCUCAACUUCGACAACAAUAAAGAAUGUUGCUCGUAUCGCUGAAGAAUGGGUAAAGGCACCAGAAUUUAUACCUUCAGAUGUAGCUGGAUCAUCUUCUGCAAAUACAGCUUCUACCACCUUAGGAACAUCGACAAGUUCUCUGUUGCCAAUAUCUUAUGCUCAAGCUUUAAAUCCAUCUGGCCAAGCAUCAAGUCCAUCUUUAGAACCUUUAUGUCCAUACGCAUUAGCAGCUGGAAUUUGCAGGAAACGAAAUUGUCCAUAUAUACAUGGAGAUAUUUGUGAUUUCUGCAAUCGUCCUGCACUUCACCCACAUAAUGAAGAACUUCGAAAAAAACAUAAAAAUGCAUGUGUUAAGCAGCAUGAAGUUGAUAUGGAACUCUCUUUUGCCAUUCAACGUAGUAGAGAGAAAUCUUGUGGUGUUUGCUUUGAAGUUAUAAUGGAAAAGGCAUUUGGAGAACAAAGAUUUGGUAUUUUACCAAAUUGUAAUCACUGUUUUUGUUUAAGUUGUAUUAGAAAAUGGAGACAAGCUAAACAGUUUGACAAUAAAAUUAUAAGAUCCUGUCCAGAAUGUCGCGUUUCCUCUGACUUUGUAUGUCCAAGUAUGUACUGGGUAGAUACAAAGGAAGAAAAACAAAAAUUAAUAAAGGACUACAAACGUGCAUUAAGCACUAAAGAUUGCAAGUACUUCAAUAAAGGACGCGGUGAAUGUCCAUUUGGCAAUAAAUGCUUUUAUCUACAUGCACUUCCAGAUGGUACUAAAACAGAUGUUGGUCCACCUGUUCGUCAACGACGUAAUUCAGAUGCAGAGGUCGAUAUUUUGCGUGAACUAAUUUUGUGGGACUUUUUUGAAGAGAGAGAGCACCGUUGGAUCUAUGAUAUAGAUGUUGAAGAAAUUGCUUCCUUUCUUUCUGAUUCAGAAGAAUCUGAAUGGUCUGAAGCUUAUAUUGAUUCGUUGUAUUAAUUCAGUAAUCUUUGCUGCUGUUGCUGUUAACUAUAUCAUCUAUCUCAUC